GUAGUCUGGAGCCGCAUCAUCAUCAGCACCAUCAUCAUCAUCAUCACCAUGUUUUGUGCCUAUCUGCUGCUGCUGCUGGGUGUGGGAGUCUCAGCCGUGGAGGUCCAGCGCCCUCGCGGUGUUCCUCUGUCAAAGCGGCAGUUCUAUGAAGAAAAUAAACCUUUCACCUGCUUGGAUGGCUCCCGCACCAUUCCCUUUGACAGAGUGAAUGACGAUUACUGUGACUGCCAGGAUGGCUCUGACGAGCCAGGUACUGCUGCUUGUCCCAAUGGAAGUUUCCACUGCACCAAUGCAGGUUUCCGUUCAGCCUUCAUCCCCUCUUCUCGUGUCAACGAUGGCAUCUGUGACUGCUGUGACACAACAGAUGAGUAUAACAGUGGCGCCACCUGUCAGAACACCUGCAGGGAGUUGGGGCGCAAAGAGAGAGAGAGCCUGCAGAAGAUGGCAGAGAUUGCCAAGGAGGGCUUUCUGCUCAAACAGCAGCUUAUACAUGAGGCCAAGAGAGGCCUAGAGGAAAAACAGGCCAAACUGGAAGAACUUCAAACCAGCAAGAAAGGUAUGGAAGAGAAGGUGGAGGCCUUGAGAACUGUGAAAGAGGCUGCAGAGCAGCCAGAAAAGGAAGCUAAAGAGCGCCAUCUAAAGGCCUGGGAAGAACAAAAAGCUCUCAUUCGUAUGGAGAAGGACAAGGCAAAGAUGGCUGAGGUUUUUCUCGAAUUGGAUGAGGAUGCAGAUGGAUUUAUCACAGUGGCUGAGCUCCUGUCCCACUCUGAGCUGGACCCAGAUUCAGAUGGUUCAUUGACAGAAACGGAGGUCCAGGGAUUGCUGGGAGGAGCUGACAAGGUGGACACAGUAGCAUUCGAGACUGUUUGGGGUAACAUCAAAGAAAAAUACAUAUCAAAGACUCAAGCAGACACCCCGGCACCAGUGGAGACCCCACAGGAAGAGGUGAGGGAGCCAGUUCCAGACAAUGACUCUGAGCAGUACCCUGAGGAUGACAUCCCAGAGGAGGAGGAAGAGGAGGAGGAGGAAGAGGAGGAUGAUGAUGACCCAGAUGAGGAAGAUGAUAAGAUCCCGCCUACAAUGCGGACUCAAGAGAAGAAAGAGGAUGACGAGGGGACCAUGCCGCCCUAUGACCAAGAAACUCAGAAUCUCAUUGAUGCUGCUCAGAAAGCCAGAGAUGAAUUUGAUGAGGCUGAGAGAGCUCUCCGCGAAGUGGAUGAUCAGAUCAAGAGCCUUGAGAAGGAGAUCUCCUUUGACUAUGGGCCCAGUGCUGAGUUUGCCUACCUCUAUAGCCAGUGUUAUGAGCUAUCUACUAGCGAGUACAUCUACAGGCUUUGUCCAUUUAAUCGAGUAUCCCAGAAGCCCAAGUACGGGGGAUCAGAAACCAGCCUUGGAACCUGGGGAACAUGGGCAGGGCCUGAGGCUAAUGUUUACUCUGUGAUGAAGUAUGAACAUGGAACAGGGUGCUGGCAAGGCCCCAACCGAUCCACCACAGUGAAGUUAACCUGUGGUAAGGAGACAAUUGUGACGUCUACCUCAGAGCCAAGUCGCUGUGAGUACUUGAUGGAGUUCACCACCCCUGCCGUCUGCCAGGAGCCCCCGAGUCUGGAUCCAACUCUACAUGAGCAUGAGGAGCUAUAGAUUCAUGCCAGUUGUUGUUAAGGGACCACAGUCGCCACAGCAGCAUGACUUGCUCUGCUACAAUGAGCUCCACCACCUCAGCCUCAGUUAAAAAAGAGAAUAAUGGAAGGGAUUUCAAAACUGUAGUUAUCUCUUCUGAACUUCAAACCUCCAAUGCUUCUUGAUUUGUCUUUUUUUCCCUCACAUUUGUGUCAAAAUGUAGUAUCAUUCCAUUGUUUUCAAAUAAACUUCUUUUUAACAUA